AUGACGACGACGCGUCGCGCGCGCGCGCGCGCGUCGUUCGCGAAGACGCUCCGUGUCGUGAUCGUGUUCGUCAUUGCGGCCGCGGUGGGACCGGCGCACGGGAUCGGGUUCUCCGGAGACGGGAAAGGGGCGGCGCUGUCGGAGGAUUCGCUCGCGGCGGCGAGCGCGAAGCCCGAGGUGCGGACGGCGACGGCGGACGCGACCGCGACGACGCCUGAGACCGAUGGAACGGUGAAGACUUCGAAGAUGUCGACCAGACGACGGAAGAAGUCGGCGAAAGCGUCGGCGAAGAAGAAGAUUGAAAAGGAGGAGGAGGAGUUCAAGGCUCCGGAGCCGACGCUCGGCGAGGGGGAGAGCGCGAUCGGGUCGAUCCACGAGGCGAUCGACGACGACGACAUGGAGGAGCUGGAUGAUCUCUUGCGUUGGAAACCAAAUUUGAGGGAGAAGUGUCAAAAACUCGGGGAAACACGACACAUGGUGCCCAUCAUGAAGGCGGCGUUUCUCGGGAACGCCAAGGCUAUCGAUUUGUUGCUCGAUUACGGAGCGAACGCGAACGAGAUCGACGGCUUGGGGUAUUCGGCGCUCAUGCGCUCCGUCAUGGCCAAGUGUAAGGAUUGUGUGAAGAUAUUGCUCGAUGCGGGUGCGGUGGUGAAUUACGUGCAAAAGACGCCGCUCAUGGACCUCGGUCUCACGGCAGCCAAGCUCGCGAUGAUCAUGCGAGAGGACGAAAUCGCGAGUCUCCUCGACGCCGCUGGCGCGGAUAAGAAGGAGAGCGGGCAAGAAAAGAAACGGAGACUUCGUCAGGAGACGGCGGAUCGUUUCGCCGAGCACGUUAAAACAGAGGGUAUCGACGUCGAUGUCGACAAGCUCCUCAAGACAACGAUUGACGACUUGAACGUCAGAUACGGCGACGACCCGGACGUCACGGUCAACUUCAACGGCACCAACGUGACGAUGUCGCUCAACGAGACGAAGGAUUACACUAACCUUGCGGGUAAGGUUUCCAAGAAGAAGGCAGACAACGCAGCCAAGGCGAGAUGCGACUCGGAAACCGCCGCGGAGGGUGAGUGCGCCUUCGACGCGGGAGCCGCCGCCGCGCGCGACGAACUCUGA